UGGGGAGGGGUGUGGCUUUAGGGCUGGGGAAGUCACAUGACUGAAGGGGGAAAACGGACGAAGAUGGGGAAGACCGGGAAGACGAUGACCAACCGGAGCAACUGGCUGUCCGGAGUGAACGUGGUGCUGGUCAUGGCGUACGGCAGCCUGGUGUUCGUCCUUCUCUUCAUCUUUGUGAAGCGACAAAUAAUGCGAUUCGCCAUGAAAUCUCGCAGGGGCCCCCACGUUCCCGUAGGACACAAUGCACCCAAGGAUCUGAGGGAGGAGAUCGAUAACCGACUCUCUAAGGUCCAGGACAUCCGGUUUGAGCCGCGGCUUCUGUCGGGGGGAGACGAGCGGCUGCUACAGCUGGACACCCCAGGCGGCUACAACUAUCUGUACAGGAUGAAGACGCUGGACGCCGUCAAGGAUUGUGACAUCCCCUUCCAAGAGAACGGGAAAUUCCCCAAAUCUUCAGUCGGAAAGAACUUCCAGGCCUACCUACUGGAAAUGACGAACGCUAGCUCGCCCUUCAAGGGGGUACGGAAAACGUUAUUGGACACCCUGAAGGAUGGCUAUGACUAUGCCCGAAAUGGCACUGGGCUAUAUGGAAAAACAGAGCACGAGAAGUUCCUGGUGGCGCUGACAGAGUUAUCGGCCUUCGUUCAGUCCAGGGAGGCAGGAAGUCACAGGCACCGUCAGUCUGCCGCCAAAGACUUGACCGCGUCACCGGACAUAUCUGGGACCCCGACCAUCCAAGUGACCUACCUACCGUCCAGCCAGAAGAGCAAGAGACCCAAACACUUCCUGGAGCUGAAAAACUUUAAAGACAACUACAACACGCUGGAAAGCACCUUGUGAUGGCGCUGCCCAUCCAGAGUCAUGUGACCUCCAUCACCAGAUUCUUAUUAAUGGCAGCAGCAGUGCACCGGAAGGUUGUGGGGUUGUCACCGCUCUCUUGUAAACGUGUAAGGGAGACCAUCACAAUCUUAGAGCUUGUAGACCACGGCCGGUCACGUGCAGGGUAUGUGGAGCCAGCCCUGUUGGUUUAGGUGAGGCUGGGAAGGGGUCAGAGGUGAGGCUGGGCUGGGCUCAUCUGCUCUGUUAUUGGGGCAGAAGACCAAAAAUACUACUGGAUUCCAUCCACAUUGGACACCAACAGCGCCCAUUGGAUCUCAGUGACUCUAAGAGGUUUCAUCUGCUUUCUUGCCUGUUUUGGACAGAGCCUAUGGCAGAGGCUCCCAAAGGAACUUCCAAAGUAGAUGUAGAUGUGAACUAAGCUCAAGGUUCAGAGUAUUAGAGGAAAAUGUGCGAACAGAUAUGUUUAUAGAUAUGGAACUGUGCAGGGGACGACAUGACAGUCAGCAGGCGGGGUCUGGAGAGAUGUUUAUGACUUGACUUUUUAGCUAAGGUGACUUAAGGAGAGUCAGUCUGAGCAGAGGACAUAGGGAGCAGUCUGUGAGAGAUGGGGAGCAGUCUGUGAGCAGAGAAGGACAUGGGGAGCAGUCUGUGAGCAGAGAAGGAGAUGGGGAGCAGUCUGUGAGCAGAGAAGGAGAUGGGGAGCAGUCUGUGAGCAGAGAAGGACAGGGAGAGCAGUCUGUGAGUGGAGGAGGACACGAGGAGCAGUCUGAGCAGAGGAGGACAGGGAGAGCAGUCUGUGAGCAGAGAAGGACAGGGAGAGCAGUCUGUGAGUGGAGGAGGACAUGAGGAGCAGUCUGUGAGCAGAGGAGGACAUGAGGAGCAGUCUGUGAGCACAGGAGGACAUGGGGAGCAGUCUGAGCAGAGGAGGACAGGGAGCAGUUUGUAAAAGAUGGGAGGCAGUCUGUGAGAUGGAGAGCAGUCUGUGAGUUUUGGAGAACAAAGGGAGCAGUCUGUGGGAUGGGGAGCAGUCUGCGUGGAGGAGGUCAUAGGGAGCAGUCUGUGAGAAAUGGACAGCAGUAUGUGAGCAGAGAAGGACAUGGAGAGCAGUCUGUGAGCAGAGGAGAACAUGGGGAGCAGUCUGUGAGCAGAAGAGGACAUGGGGAGCAGUCUGUGAGCAGAAGAGGACAUGGGGAGCAGUUUGUGAGCAGAGAAGGACAUGGGGAGCAGUCUGUGAGCAGAGAAGGACAUAGAGAGCAGUCUGUGAGCAGAGGAGGACAUGGAGAGCAGUCUGUGAGCAGAAGAGGACAUGGGGAGCAGUCUGUGAGCA